CUUACUUUACUGCUGUGGUGUAAGGUUUCAUAUUUGAUUCAAUUAGAAAACAGGGAUUCAACUUAAGUGGGAAGUUUACUUCAAACAGUUUAGAAACUAUAUCAUUCUCAUUUUAAAAUACCAACUCUGGACAGCAGGAGUUUAUAGGUCACUAACUGAAAAUGAUUUGGAUAUUAGCCCUCCUCCUCAGUUGCUCCUUGACUGAGAUUGUCUUGGGCUGGACAUAUCAUCACUCAGAUAAGAAGAUAAUGAACUGGGCCGCGGCCCGACAGUGGUGCCAGACCACUUACACAGACAUGGUGGUCAUCCAAAACCAGUUUGAGAAUGACUUUCUGGUCUCCAUGCUGCCAAAUAAAACCAAGAGUCCAUAUUACUGGAUUGGAAUCACUAAAAACCACAUGAAUGAACCUUGGACAUGGAUUGGGAAUAACAGCACAUGGAUUGGUGAGCAGUCAUGGGCAGCAAACGAGCCCAACAACAACCACAGCACAGAGUUCUGUGUGGAGAUCUACGUGAACCAAGGACCAAACCGAGGGAAGUGGAAUGAUGAGAAAUGUGCCAAUCGGAAAACUGCUGUUUGUUAUAAAGCACAAUGUAAUGCAACAAUAUGUGGCAGAGGAAGAUGCCAGGAGACCAUAAACAACAUAACCUGCCUCUGUGAUCCUGGCUAUGAGGGAGACAGGUGCCAAACAGCUGUGGAAUGUCCUGCUCUGCCUCAGCCUGAUAACGGAUACCUUAGCUGCUCCGGAGGAAACCUGACAUUCAACUCAACCUGCCAGUUUAAAUGCUACCCAGGCUUCCUGAUGACAGGCUCGCCGGCUGUCACCUGUGGGGUCACCGGAAUCUGGAGUGGCCCAAGACCUUUUUGUGCAAACUAUAAACAGGCCCUGUUUGCUGUUGCUGGGUGUGGAGCCCUCUCAGCCCUCUGCUGCCUAUGUUUCUGCUGGAUGAAACGCAGAAAAAGAAAGAAACUUGCCCAAGUAAGGCAGCCUGAAGAUGUGACAAAUUCAUGCAGUGAGGCACAGGGAUGACAGACAACUUGGACCUCAUUUAUGUCUUAUUAAAAUAUAUCUUUAAUGAUGCAAAUGCAGUUAGUUAUAUUUUAGUAGAUUGCUAGUAAAUAAAUCUAACAGGCUGCACAUGUUGCAUGCCAGGAUAACUAGUUAUCUAAGUGUUUUGUCCAAUAUACCCUAUGUUAAAGCUUUAUUUGUAUAUAUGAAUGAAUAUAAAGUAUGUAGCCUUUGUGUGUCUGUGUAUGUGACACAGGUGUGGACUUGAGUCAUAUGACUUGGGCUUGAGCCAGACUAAAGUCACAAAUUUCAUGACUUUUGACUUGACUUGACAAAAUCAAAAAAGGCUUGCAACUUUGAUUUGAGCCACUUGACUCGAAAACAUAAUACCUAUCCCUAAAGUCACUUUGAAAAGAGAAUGUCAGACUUUUUUCCCCCUAAAGUGAUAGAAGAUACAACAAAACAUGACAAAAACAUACAAAAUC